AUGUCCAACCAGCGAAACGUGGUGCUGGAAACCUCGGCAGGGACCUUCACCGUCGAGCUAUACUGGAACCACGCUCCACGGACUUGUGAGAACUUUUACCAAUUGGCAAAACGGGGAUAUUACAACAAUGUCAAGUUUCAUAGAAUCAUACCGGACUUCAUGAUACAAGGAGGCGAUCCAACUGGAACUGGGCGAGGAGGGACGAGCAUAUAUGGGGACAAAUUCCCAGACGAGAUACAUCCGCAACUGAAGCACACUGGAGCAGGCAUUCUGUCGAUGGCCAACAGCGGACCAAACACGAAUGGAUCACAGUUCUUCAUUACGCUGGCGCCAACGCCGUGGCUUGAUAACAAACAUACGAUUUUUGGGAGAAUCAGUGAAGGAAUGACGGUCAUCAAAAGGAUAGGACUGGUCCCAACGGACGCCGCUGAUCGCCCGAAAGAUGACAUCGUGAUUUUGCGGACUCAAACUAGGGCAUCCUGUGAUGGGACCGAGACCGAUUCCGCCCCAUAG